UUCCGGUCCAAGUACCCUCCCAUCGAGGCCAACGAGACCGGCUUCAUGAAGCCUCUCGACAGCGACAUCCACACGAUUUAUUGGGAGGAGUCGGGCAACCCUCAGGGCAAGCCGGUCGUCGUCCUGCACGGCGGACCGGGCGGAGGCUGCCCUCCCUCCUACCGCCAGUAUUUCGACGCGCAGCGCUACCGCAUAAUCAUGUUUGACCAGCGUGGCGCCGGCAAGAGCACGCCGCUGGCGGAGCUGCGCGAGAAUACGACCUGGCACCUGAUUCGCGACAUGGAGCAGCUACGAGAACAGCUGAAUGUGGAGAAGUGGGUCGUCUUUGGCGGCUCCUGGGGGUCGACGCUCUCACUCGCCUACGCAGAGACGCACCCCGACCAUGUCACAGCGCUGGUGCUCCGGGGCAUCUUCCUGUGCCGGUGCGAGGGCACCAGUUGGAUCUUCCCGUACGCGCACGAGAAGUUUGCACAACACAUCCCCGCCGUCGAGCGAGGCGACCUCGUGAGCGCCUACCACCGGCGAGUCACAUGCGACGACCCCGAGACGCGCCUCGCCGCCUCGAUGGAGUGGACCGGCUGGGAGAUGUGGGUGUCAAACCUGAUCGUGGACGAGAAGAAGGUGGAGGAGGGGGAGGACCCCGACUUUGCAGAGUCGUUUGCGCGCAUCGAGACGCACUAUUUCACUCACUGCGGCUUCUUUCACAAGGAGAACCAGCUUAUUGAGGACGUUGACAAGAUCCGCGACAUCCCCGCCACCAUUGUGCAGGGGCGGUACGACGUCGUCUGCCCGAUCAAGUCGUGCUGGGAGCUGCACACGGCCUGCGCGCAGCCCGCGCUCUCACGCUUCCGGACGGCCGACUCGGGGCACAGCAUGAGCGAGGCGGGCAUCACGAGCGAGCUUAUCAAGGCCGAGCCUCCUUCCUUCCCACCCCUGUGCUCAAGCGCCACAGCCCAGUGCUCACGCGGAGCAUCGGCCUUGGAACUCACAGGCGACAGACAUGUACUCCGAACUUUGAUCCAGCACCUGGAGGACCUCUGA